AUACUCCCCGCCCAGAGCUGGAAUGUGGGAGAGCUGGUCUGCGGCUCUGCAGCAGCCAUCAGAUCGGAUUCCCUCCCAUACAGAAGCUCACUUUCGCAGAGCCAUGGAGAGGAAGGUCGAGCUGGUUGCCUUCGGACUGAGCGUCGUCGGCUGGCUCUGCGCCGUCCUCACCAGGUGCCUGCCCAUGUGGAGAGUGAGCGGGGACCUGGGCAACACCACGGGCACGCUGCCAGUCUACUGGGACGGAGUGUGGCUGGACUGGGAACACCACAGUGUCGGAGCUCUGCGCUGCAGCCUCUACCAGUCGCUACUAAGCCUCGGGGGGAACUUUCGCGCCUGGCAGGCAAUGAUAACGUCCUCCAUCGGCGUCGGGGUUUUUCCACUUGUCAUCUACACCAUUGGAUGGCUGAAAUUCCCUGACCGAGUUCAGGUGAAGGUGGUCUCGGGGGCGGCAUUCAUUUUGUCAGGGGUCCUGCUCCUCAUUCCUGUAUCCUGGACCACACACGACACCACAAAGGUUCUGGAGACCCUUCCAUCGCUGCGCAGAGACUGGGGAGAGGCCUUGUAUGCCGGCUGGACAGCCAUGUCCCUGUUGAUUCUUGGAGGAGGUAUCCUUUGCACCAGGUGCUCAGCAGCCAGAACGCAAGAGGUGGCAAGGCCUAUUCAAGCGGACCCUUUCAUCCCUAUUCACAACGCUGCCUUUGGGCCAGGACAUGUAUUUCACUCGGUCUGA